UUCUUUCCUGUUCAUGCUGAAACAACCCAGAUACAGAGACACUAGCAGCAGAGCAUCUCAGAAAACCACACUGUGCUGCCCAGCAAGGCACACAAUCCAAGGACUUCUAACUCACUAGCUUUGCGGCGCAAGAAGACAAGCUUGUUGGACUGAAAAUUUAUCACCACAUGAGGACAUAAAGCAUUUUGAAGUGAAGUAAUUUAAGCGUGCUACAUUCUGUGAGUACACCAACUCUUUUGGAGUGACAAGAGGAAAAACAGAGUAAAUUCGCUCUGGAAUCUGUAAAAAGUGAAAAGAGGAGAGAAGGCGAAGCAACUAGUGCACCUCAGAGGAUAAACACACAGUGUUUCCCAUCUCCUGCAAUGGCUGUACGUCCAGUGGAGACAGUGGGUUUCAAUAUGCUUCCUGCUCACUUGAUGGCUUCUGCAAUGGAAGAGUUUCCACAGCAGCUCCCUGUACCCAAGGGCCCAGCCAGGGGCCGCAGUCGUCCCAGGAGACCUCGAGAGGCUCGCUUCAAAACUCAGCCAGUGACCUUUGCAGAGAUUGCUGAAGUAGAGGAGGAAGGAGUCUCACCACUGGAGGAGGAGAGAGCAAGACGCUCAUUCCUGCAGUCACUGGAGAGCCUGAGGAGAAGUACACAAUCGCUGCAGCACACAGGAACCACACAAAGCGGCAGAACCAGCACACCAACACAAGCUAGCCUGGACUCAAGUGAUUCAGACUCAGCCCAAUGAGAGAAAGAGAAAGAGAGAGAGAGAGAGAGAGAGAGAGAGAGAGAGAGAGAGAGAGAGAGAGAGAGAGAGAGAUUUGUCUUUUCCAUGUGAUUCUCUUUUCUGUUGUAAAGCUUAUUUGCUGGAGUGGACUCCAGUGUGCUAAGCUCUUUGCACAUAACCCCCUGAAGCUUACUUUGCAGUUAAAACAGUGCAGUCUUUUAUACACAUUCUUGUGUCACUCCAGUCAAGCAGCAAGCUAAAUAAUUUAUGCUUCUUAGUUGUAGCAUUUCUAAUGUUUUUAACUACUUAAAUACUUUAAAUAUUCCAAAAAUAUCCCCAAUACUUGAGGUGUGUUGCUCAGUUUGAGGUUUAAGAUGUUGAUAUUGUUUUAGUUAUAAUUCCACUGGAAAAAACAGAUGCUUUAUCACUGUUUAUCUUUGCCACUUUGUCAUGAUUGUGCAGUCGAGUCAAUGAUGGAAGAACUGAACCUGCUCUGUAGACACUACAUCCUGAGGCUGCCAGAGCAGUACAUCUACUAAUGAAUUCAAAUGUUUAUCUUAUUAAUAACAGUGAAAUUAGAAACGUUUUGUUGACGAUGUUGACUUGUAAGGUCACAAGAAAAAAAAUGAAAUUAUGUCUUUAUACUAUUGUUGUACUUUUAUUAUCUUUGUAAAAUUAUUUUAUAAAUAUAUAUAAAUAUAAUGUAAACCUGUGACUUUGCCUUUUAUGUUUGGUUUGUUCUUUUUACAGUAAGUAGAGUUCAACCAAAAGAGAAAUAAUCUUAUACAUACAUUAGAUAAUCAGGUGUGUAUGCAUGUGAAAACAAAACACAAAAAUGGAAAUAGAUAUUUUAAUGUAAUUUUUGAUUUAAUCUUAAUUUUUAAGAGGAAGGUUGUUCAUGAGUUCAUCAAAUCAUCUAGAAAAUAAUUUAGGAUUAUGUUUAAACACUAUAUAGUUAUAAGUGAUAAAGCUGUCUCCCUUCACAGAUAGCAAUCAUGGCUUAUGAGGCCAUACUGCAAUAAUAUUACAUCUUAAGAAAUGAUCAUAUCUUUAAGAAAUAUUUGCUAUUAUGAGGUUGUUAUAUAAAAAAAUGUUUUUAAUCAUUUUUAAUAAAGAAAUAUAUUCAUCUUA